AUGUCUUAUGAGUGUAAGGAAUUUGAAGAAGCCUAUGGUGAGACUUUAUCCCUCAAUAACUAUGUAACACCUCAGAGUGGAGAGAGGCCUUACGAAUGUAAGGAAUGUGGGAAAUCGUUCAGCGGGACCUCAUCCCUCAUGAUGCACAUGAGAACUCACACUGGAGAGAAGCCGUUUGAAUGUCAGGAGUGUGGGAAAGCCUUCUGUCGGGCCUACUCCCUCACAACACACAUAAGGACUCACACUGGAGCGAGGCCCUAUUGUUGUAAGGAGUGUGGGAAAGCCUUCAGGCAGCACUCAGCCCUCACUACACACAGACGGACGCACAGUGGAGAGCGGCCCUACGAGUGUCAGGAGUGUGGGAAAGCCUUCAGUCUGCCGUCCCACCUCAGUCGGCAUAUGAAUUCUCACAACGGAGAGAAACCGUAUCUAUGUAAGGAAUGCGGGAAAGCCUUUAGGUGUUCUUCCAACCUUACUGCACAUUUAAGAAUUCACAGUGGAGAGAAGCCUUAUGUCUGUAGGGAAUGUGGAAUGGCCUUUAGUGAUGCAUCAGGACUCAAUGGGCAUUCAAGAGUUCACAGUGGAGAGAAGCCUUACGAGUGUAAGGAGUGUGGGAAGGCCUUCAGCAGGGCCUCAUCCCUCACAAUACACGUAAGAAUUCACACUGGAGAGAGGCCUUAUGAAUGUCAGGAAUGUGGGGAAUCCUUUAGUCAGCUGUCAGGACUUACUGGACACAGAAGAAUUCACACUGGAGAGAAGCCUUAUGAAUGUAAAGAAUGUGGGAAGGCCUUUAGUUUUUUCACAUCCCUCGUUAUACAUAUAAGGCGUCACACUGGAGAGAGGCCCUAUAAAUGUCAAGAGUGUGGGAAAGCCUUCAGCCUGCACUCCCACCUCAGUCGGCAUCUAAGUUCUCACAGUGGAGAGAAACCUUAUGAAUGUAAGGAAUGUGGGAAAGCCUUCAAUUGUUCCUCAAACCUUAUUGCACAUUUAAGAAGUCACAGUGGAGAGAAGCCUUAUAUCUGUAGGGAAUGUGGGAAAGCUUUUAGAUAUGCGUCAGCACUCACUGUACAUAAAAGGGUUCACAGUGGAGAGAAACCUUAUGAAUGUAAGGAGUGUGGGAAGGCCUUCAGUAGGGCCUCAUCCUUCACUAGACAUUUAAGAAUUCACAGUGGGGAGAAGCCUUAG